GCUCCUCCGAGCCGAGGAGAGCUCCUGUUUGGAAUUCAACCCGAAAGUCAAGAGGAGAGAGAGGGAGAGAGGAGAGAGGAGGGGGGAGAGAGAGGAGAGAGAGCGCGAGAGAAAGAGAAAGAGCGCUUCCUUUCUUAUUCAGGGACAAAUCACUCUGAGUUCCAGCAUGACCUCGCUGUGAGAUGUAUGACGUUGCUAAUCAGUGCCGGUUCUAUCGUCAGUGCCGAGGCAGUAUGGGACCACGUCACCAUGGCCAACCGGGAGCUGGCGUUUAAAGCCGGCGACGUCAUCAAAGUCCUGGACGCUUCCAACAAGGACUGGUGGUGGGGCCAGAUCGACGACGAGGAGGGGUGGUUUCCUGCCAGCUUUGUGAGGCUGUGGGUGAACCAAGAAGAUGGAGUGGAAGAAGGCACCAGCGAGGUCCAGAACGGGCACCUGGACCCCGGCUCAGACUGCCUGUGCCUCGGCCGGACCCUGCAGAACCGGGACCAGAUGAGAGCCAACGUCAUCAAUGAGAUCAUGAGCACAGAACGCCACUACAUCAAGCACCUCAAGGACAUCUGUGACGGGUACCUGAAGCAGUGUCGGAAGAGGAGGGACAUGUUCAGUGACGAGCAGCUGAAGGUGAUUUUCGGGAACAUCGAAGACAUUUACAGGUUUCAGAUGGGUUUCGUGCGGGACCUGGAGAAGCAGUACAACAACGAGGACCCCCACCUGAGCGAGAUCGGACCCUGCUUUCUGGAGCACCAAGAUGGGUUCUGGAUCUACUCCGAGUACUGCAACAACCACCUGGACGCGUGCAUGGAGCUGUCCAAGCUGAUGAAGGAAGGCCGCUACCAGCACUUUUUCGAGGCCUGCCGCCUCCUGCAGCAGAUGAUCGACAUCGCCAUCGACGGCUUCCUCCUGACCCCCGUGCAGAAGAUCUGCAAAUACCCCCUGCAGCUGGCUGAGCUCCUGAAGUACACGGCGCAGGAUCACAGCGACUACCGGUAUGUGGCCGCCGCCCUGGCUGUCAUGAGGAAUGUGACCCAGCAGAUCAACGAGCGGAAGCGGCGUCUGGAGAACAUUGACAAGAUCGCACAGUGGCAGGCCUCGGUCCUGGACUGGGAGGGAGAUGACAUCCUGGACCGGAGCUCGGAGCUCAUCUACACUGGGGAGAUGUCCUGGAUCUUCCAGCCCUACGGGAGGAACCAGCAGCGAGUCUUCUUUCUCUUCGACCACCAGAUGGUUCUCUGCAAGAAGGACAUGAUCCGCAGAGACAUCCUCUACUACAAAGGACGCAUUGAUAUGGACAAAUAUGAGGUCGUGGAAAUAGAGGACGGCAGAGAUGACGACUUCAACGUCAGCUUGAAGAACGCCUUCAAACUCCACAACAAGGAGACUGAAGAAGUGCACCUGUUCUUUGCCAAGAAGCUGGAGGAGAAGCUCAGGUGGCUCAGAGCCUUCAGGGAAGAGAGAAAGAUGGUUCAAGAAGAUGAAAAAAUAGGCUUUGAAAUUUCAGAGAACCAGAAGCGGCAAGCGGCGAUGACCGUAAGGAAAGUCAGUAAGCAGAAAGGGGUCAGCUGCUCCCGGUCCGUGCCUCCGGGCUACCCGCCGCCCCAGGAUCCGUUAAAUCAGGGACAGUACUUGAUGCCCGACGGCCUAAACCAGUCGCAGGUCUUCGAGUUCGCCGAACCCAAGCGCAGUCAGUCGCCCUUCUGGCAAAACUUCAGCAGGUUAACACCCUUCAAAAAAUAAUACCCAGAGAGAUGGAGCAUUUUAAAAUAAAAUAAAUAAAAUUAUAUUUAUAGAUGGACCUUUUUUCGGAGAUGCACUGUUGCAAUUUAAAAAAUAUAUAGAGAAGGACCAAAAACGUUUUCUGUUGUUUUUGGGAAGCAGAUUCUGUUGCUAGGUAGUAGACGCCGUGGAUUACUUCCGCCCGUGUAAUUGCUUCUUUGAGUUCUUCACGUCUCUCCCCAUCCCCGCCCCUUCCCGCCCCCUUUUAUUGGGAAAGAUUCAGCGGCAUUUCAUCUUCUGCUGUCCGUGUGGUCUCGCUCGCUCAUUAGUGGUGAUUCAUCGACUUGUCAUUCUGGGCAGGGGUGGGGGGAUCUGUUGCCGACUGACGAGUGUUUCUUCUCUCGCCAUCGCUGCCGACAGGUUGGCCUGCCUGUGGGGGCUUUUUGACUUUUCUCUCUUUUUCCUCAGGGGGCUGGUCGGGGGGGGCCGGGGGCUGGAAUCCUCUCCCCCCUCCACCCUCCCGGAGCACCCCGAGCCGUGCGGCGGCCGAGAGCGGGCCCCCGGCGCCGUGUUUCCGCCGUGCCAGCCUGGGUGUGCUCUGCCGUGCUCUGUGAAUUGCUGUGCGGUACUGCUAUUGCUUUCACUGUUUUGCAGGUGUUCUGGAGGGCUAAGAACAGAAUCGCUGACCCGGGGGGAGGGUGGUCCGAUCUGUGGGCCGGGAGCCAGGGCCUGGGCUGGAGACCCCCACGCUGGCCUGGAUUCCCUUGGUGGCUUCUCCUCAAAAAGGCCGGUUUUGGUGACCCCCACCUGGUGACCUCUCUCUAUCUCUCUCUCUCUCUCGCUCGGACAGACGGACGGACGACGGGACGGGUUUCAGACCGCCACUGAGCUCCAGUCAAUCCAUCAGUGGUGUUUAUCGAGUGCUUCCCGUAGGCAGAGCGCUGGACUACGCUCUUGGGCAAGGCCAAGCGAGUUGGUAGCCACAGCGCCUGCCCACGAGGAACUCGGCUCCCGGGGCCUGGCCCGUCGACUCUGGUUUUGGGUCCGGCUGCCGGCCACGGGCCCCACUGCCGAGGGAUCUUAGGUGGACUGGCGGAAAGAGGCAGGAGGCAGGCCCAGCCCAGGCUGCCGCAGCCCGGGGGCAUCCACGCUGGUGAGGAGGCUGCCCCUCGAGGCCCAGCUGAACUGCCC